UGACGUGAAUAUUUGAUUUAUGGCGGAUCAGGGAAGCUUUCAUACAAGUUUUUAAAACCAACUUAUGUGCUUUCGGUGAGGUGUUAUUGGCAAACGCCUAAUGCCUUUGUAAAUUGAUGCAUUAUUAUGGAAAUAAAGAAGAUUAUAUAUCGACGCGAUCGGAUAUCACCGCGGCAAAUAAUUUGAUUAUCAAGGUACGAAACAUUGACCGGUGUUGUUGCUUAAGUUAUGAAAGUUUAUGGAUAAACAGUCCAAAAGACAAUUGAAUGGAAUUAAAGUUGAAGAACUUCGUCCAUCGACGAAAUGCAAGGUUUAUGGAAAUUAUUGUAUUAGCCCCGCUCCAACUUUGAAAUAAUUUCGAUCAAAGAGAUCGAUCAUUUUUAUUCUGAUGAUGGUGUACUUUGUGAUAGGAAAGCGGAGUCAAUGUCUAGCUCUAACAUUGAUUCAUGUUCUGAAAUAUGUUCUGAAAUAUGACCACAUAUUUCAAACGAAUAGAAGACUUGAAGGAGAUUGCUGAUGGAAAGAUAAAUAUUUAUGAAAGACUUAAACUCAGUAUGAAUGGAGAAGUAUUUUAUUUCGAAAAAGCGAAAAUUUUUUCGGCUAGCGUUUUUGAUAUAUUUUGCAAUAGUCUAGUCGCAAGUAUUUUAUAUUCUUAUAACUUGAGUGUUAAAUUGUACGAUUGCUUAAACUAAAUGAAAACUCAUAAAAACUAAUAAAAAUUAUAAUUUUAAUAAAAUCGAUGCUAAAAACAUUUUUAUUGUAAAUGCGUUUGAUAUUAAUGCGACAAAACAAACAAUUACACUGGAUAUAACCAUAUUGUAUACACAACAAGAGCAAAGAUCAUGACGUGUACAGUCACAUUGUUGGAGAUUGCGGCGGUCUUGCUUAUGAACGCGGCACUCGUAGUUUCUGAGUUUCCAGCUUCCGGUUUCAACGUCAGACCAGAAACGCCGGCUCCCGAAUUCCUGCCGAGUCCCUUAAAUGUAACUUUCCGGCGCGGGGAGAUGGCAGUACUGAGAUGCAGCGUUUACAACCUCGGAACCAAAACGGUUGUUUGGAGGCGCCAGGAACAUUCUUUCCCAUUGACAUCCGGUACAAUGACCGUUGUUGCAGACGACCGGAUACAGAUUGGUCACGUUGACUUCAAGAAUCAAUGGGAUCUAAUGAUUAAAAAUGUGAAACCGGAAGACGAGGGCGUGUAUGUGUGCCAGGUGGCAUCAACCAAUAGAAAUAUACGCCGAAUGAUCUCUCUCACUGUGAUUGAUUCAAUAACAGAGGCCACGGAGAUUUCAAUCAGCGAAGAACAGUACGUUGAACGUGGCGAACCAGUCGCGUUACACUGCAAUGUCACGGGGCAGCACUAUACCCCGGAUGAGAUAGAUUGGUUCCGAAACGGCGAAAAAGUGACGUCGGAAAAACGAAGGGGCGUAAAAUUGUUAAAACAUUUAUCAAUUGUUCAUAGGACGUUUUCUAGUAUUUUGAGCAUAGAUACAGCAACCAUGGGAGACAGUGGUGUGUAUGUUUGUAGGUCGUCCAAUAUGCAAAUUGCUAAUACGAAAGUCCACGUUUUAAACGCGGAGACUUCCAAUAAAAAGCGAGGUACAUAUCGUGACGGACAAGUGUCAAAUGGGCAGAAGUCAUCUACUUCAAAUAUUAGGCAGCCGAUAUUCGCGUUUAUUUGCUUGUGUUAUUUGCCGAUGUUUAAACAUUUCUUCAUGUGAAAUGAAGGUAAAAUAACCCUUUAGAGCGAAAUAGUUGGACUGAGAUCGUGAAUGUGAUUAUAGCGUCAGCACCGCAUUAAACACGAUUUCCAACUGACAGCGUUUAUUUCGGUCUUGGCUUUGACGUCUACAACACAACCCGUGGAAUAACAAACAAGCAAAUCACAGUGCCUCGUGCUAAACGGAAUGCAUAAUACACGAUGGCAUACAACUCAAUUCCUCAAUUCCAAUGAAAUCUUCACAACCCUGAAUUUCUGCCCGAUCGUGCUGAAGAUAUUACGAUAUCGAAAUGAAGCCUAUGAUUCGUAUGCGGGUUAGGACCCGGCUUCAGAUAUCGGUAGUAUACAAACAUGCCAGUCAUUGAAUUGUGUGUGUGUACUUGGACACGUUUUCAAAAACGAAUUUCUGCCAGCUAUUUUCAUAAACAAUAAAUGGUGUUCUAUGUACAUUCCUGCAAUACUGAUAGUUGUGUGGCGUAUAUGCACGUUAAGUAGCUGUUUACAUCUUCGACGUUUAUAGCAUAUUAAUAUACAUUUGAUCCUAUUAAUAAUUAGGUUUACUCUAUUCUCAUAUAAAAUAAGCUGUUUAUUCAUGAAACAAGAAUUUACCAUUUCUUCUUAUGGCAUCGAGGCAAACAAAAGUAUCUUGUUAUCACAUUUCAUGGCGGCCACGAGGAUAGAACGAUGAUUUUUAAUGCAAGUUCGAUAAUGUCUUGAAAAAUCUUAUUUCAAUAUUGACUCGUUUUUAUAUAGAUAUAUAAAACUUAUUUAUCGGUUGUGCUCAUUGAUGGAUUAUGAUUUUUCUAUUUUUUAAAGACUAUGUUCACGUCACGAUAUUGUAAAAUCACGAAUUUUAAGAACAACCGACUAAAUAUAUUUGCCAUUUUAAAUAUCUUAACAGAGAGACAGUGAAAAGCAAACCGUUUAAAAUAAAUAUAAAUACACAAUUAAAGACACUAUUCUGCAUAAACGUUGUUCACAAGAUAAAUUGUUUGGAUGGUAUUACCUUGUUGACCAACUAUAUCAAUGAAGUAAAAUGGUAACUUGAA